UUUCAUACCAAGGAAACUCAGGUCUGUGUGGAAAGCCUUUGUCAAAGAAAUGUGAUAGCUCAAUAUCGCUACCGCCAUCAAUCUUUGAAGAAGAUGAAGAUUCCGGGUUUCAAAUUGCACUAGAUUGGUAUGUGGUUCUGCCAGGAGUUUUUAGUGUGGCUGGGAACUUUUGGACAAGCAAGAAUCAUGAAUGGUUUUUAGAGAAAUUUAGCAGAAAGAGGCAGCCAAGAGUCACACGGGGAAGGAAAGGACACAGAAACUAGGUACUUAUUUUAAAUCUAUGUUUAUCUUGCAGCUGCAGCUGCUGUUGUUUUGAAUAAUUGUAUGGGGUCUGGUGCAUUCUGUUUUAUUACAAUAAGGGUGGUGGUGUGUAUUUUGCCUGUAUUAAUUUGUGGUGCUGUAAGUUGCUUGUAUUAAUUUUUACAACAAGUAAGCAAAGAGAAAGACAGCUCAUUUUCCAUUUCCAAAAGUAUCUGUUUUUUUUUCCUUCAUCCUCUCCUUUAAUUCGUGCUUUUGAACGUUAUUUAUAUAUAAUAAUAAUAAAGCAACUUUUUUGAAAUUUUGAGUAGAUUCGUGACUAAAUUAAAGGGAUUGUGAGUGUUUUAAUACUUUAUUUACUUGGUAGUUAGAACCAGCUUUAAGACUUUGAAUGGUUAGCUUUGGAAGACUUUGAAGACGAUAAACUUCUCCACCUUCAUGGCUUCUUCUCUUUGAUUCCCUUACUUUUUAUUUCGAUUCUUCUGUUUUUUUUUUUUCUUCCCUUUUUUAUACUUUCUCUAGUUACAACUACGUUUGUCAUGAGUUGUGCGUCUAUAAAAGGAGUUUAUAAUUUCUCCACCCUUAAUUGUGUGAGAGCCAUAAUUAAGCAUACAUAAUUAGAAAACAAAAUUGCAAUGGGAAUGGAAUCGUGGCGGUCGAAGUUCAUUUCUCUACAUUGUUUUAUUUUUCUGUCACUCAUUGCUACUCACUGUUUUUUAUUUGUGCAGACUCAGGCACUUGCCCAGGUUGAUGAGUGCUCAGCGUUGCUGCAGUUCAAGGAAAGCUUUGCAAUUAACAAGUCUGUUUCUGCAGAUCCUCUUGCUUAUCCGAAGGUUUCAUUUUGGACGCGAGAAGGAGAUGGGAAUCGGAGUAAUUGUUGUUCAUGGGAUGGUGUUGAGUGUGAUGAAGACUUUGGCCAUGUUGUCGGCCUUGAUCUCCGAAGCAGCUGUCUCUACGGUUCUAUCAAUUCCAGCAACACUCUCUUCCGCCUUGUUCACUUGCAGAGGCUUGACCUCUCAGAUAAUCACUUCAAUUUCUCUCAAAUACCAUCAAGAUUUGGUCAUGAUCUUUCGAGCCUAACAUAUCUCAACCUUUCAUAUUCCUUAUUCUCUGGCCAAAUUCCAUCAGAAAUUUCAAAGUUAUCGAAGCUGUCUACCCUUGAUCUGUCUUUCAAUGGUCCGAAAUUUGAUGCUUAUGGUAUCCCUUUGAAACUGACCAAGGCCAACAUGAGAAGCCUGGUUCAGAACUUGACCACCAUAAAACAACUUCAUCUUAAUUGGGUAGAGAUGUACUUCACUGUGCCUGAUAUCUUGGUCAACGCAUCUUCUCUCACAUCUCUCCAACUUCGCGAUUGUGAGUUGAAUGGGGAAUUCCCAGUAGGCAUCUUCCACCUACCAAACUUAGAGGUUCUUGAUGUGAAUGGUAACUCAAACCUUACCGGUUAUUUCCCUAACUUUAACAAGAGCAAUGUUUUCAAGAAAUUGAAUGUUGGGGCCACAAAUUUUUCUGGUAUGCUGCCUGCUUCUAUGGGAAACCUUCAUUCCUUAAAUUUUUUGGACAUCUCUUGGUGUCAUUUUUACCCCCUUAUUCCAUCUUCACUCGGAAACCUUACCCAGCUCAACUACCUUGACAUGAUUUCAUUUAAUGACAUUCCAAAUAAUAAUUCCACAGGCCAAUUAGUUUCUGAAUAUUCCUUGUCUUGGAUAGCAAGUUUAACCAACCUCUACAGUUUGUCCCUUUGGGCCAACAAAUUCAGGGGGAAAUUCCCAAGUUUUGUGGCCAACCUCACGCAACUUUCAUUUCUACAAUUGGGUGGUAACGAAAUAACUGGUCAAAUCCCAUCUUGGCUUAUGAAUUUGACCCAGUUAACUACUCUAUACCUCGUGGGUAACAAUUUGAGCGGAGCAAUUCCUAGGUCACUCUUCCAGCUCCAAAAUCUUGAAAUUCUUGACCUUUCCUCUAAUAGCUUGAGUGGACAAGUUGAGUUUGAUCAGUUUUCCCAGCCCAAAAAGUUAAAGGAACUUCGAUUAGCAUACAACAAGUUAUCUCUGCAGAUCAUAACCAAUUUGAGUGCUACUGUUCCACAGCUUGAACUUCUAGAUUUGACGUCAUGCAACUUAACAGAGUUUCCAGAAUUUUUAAAAUAUCAAUCCGAAUUGCGCUUCUUACAACUUAGCGACAACAACAUUCAAGGGCAAAUACCAAAAUGGGUGUGGAAUGCAACUAGAGAAACUUUGUUGCUUCUCGACCUCUCUUCCAACUUCUUAACGGGAUUUGACCAAAAUCCAAUCAAUCUUCCAUGGCAGAAUCUAUAUGCUUUAGAUCUCCGGACCAAUAUGUUACAAGGAUCACUGCCAAUUCCACCACAAUCAAUCAUAAACUACGUGGUCGGCAGCAAUCAUUACAGUGGAGAAAUUUCGCCCUCGUUCUGCAACUUGAAUCAUUUGCACAUUCUUGAUUUGUCCAACAACAGCCUGAGUGGCAUGCUUCCACAAUGUUUGGGGAACUCCAGUGCUCUUGAAAUAUUGAUGCUGAUGAACAAUUCAUUUCAUGGCAGUAUUCCUCAAAUAUGUCCAGUCGCAAAUAGUUUGAAAAUGGUUGAUUUGAGUUACAAUCAGUUGCAGGGAAAAGUACCAAGAUCAAUGGCCAAUUGCACUCGAUUAGAGUUUCUUAACCUUGGAAACAAUCAUAUGCGUGACAUCUUCCCAUCUUGGUUAGGGGCACUUCCAGCACUACAGUUUCUCAGUUUGAGGUCUAAUGGAUUUCAUGGCAUGAUUGGGAAGUACGCGACUAACCAUGACUUCCCAAAGUUGUGCAUCAUUGAUUUAUCUGACAAUGGUUUUUCAGGUGUGUUGCCCUCUAACUGCUUAGAGAACUGGAAUUCCAUGAAAUUUGUUGACGAGAGCCAGCAAACUUAUUUUCAAGUCAUUUCGACAUCAUACAACAACUCAGCUAAAUAUUCGUAUAGCUUUUCUUAUCCAUACUCAAUCACGACUUUCGCAAAAGGUGUUGAGUUGAAAUUUAUAUGGACUCCUUAUCUUCUUAGAUUUAUAGAUUUCUCAAGUAAUAGAUUUGAAGGAGAGAUUCCAGCAGGUGUCAUUGGGAAUCUAAGAGGCCUUCUUUUCCUUAACCUUUCCAACAACGCUCUCACUGGUCUCAUCCCAUCAUCUUUAUGGAACUUGACGGCUCUUGAAUCGUUGGAUCUCUCCCGAAACCAGCUCUCAGGAAGGAUCCCCGGUAAUUUGGCACAACUCACUUUCCUUGAAUAUUUCAAUGUAUCCUAUAACCAUCUUUGGGGUCCUAUACCACUUGGCCAACAAUUUGGUACAUUCCUAGAAGAUUCAUUCCAAGGAAACUCAGGUCUGUGUGGAAAGCCUUUGUCAAAGAAAUGUGAUAGCUCAAUAUCGCUACCACCAUCAAUCUUUGAAGAAGAUGAAGAUUCCGGGUUUCAAAUUGCACUAGAUUGGUAUGUGGUUCUGCCAGGAGUUGUUAGUGGUCUAAUAGUUGGAGUGGUUGCUGGGAACUUUUGGACAAGCAAGAAUCAUGAAUGGUUUUUUGAGAAAUUUAGCAGGAAGAGGCAGCCAAGAGGCACACGGGGAAGGAGAGGACACAGAAACUAAGUACUUAAUUUAAAUCCAUGUUUAUCUUGCAGCUGCUGCUGUUGUUGUUUAGAAUUCUUGUAUGGGGUCUGGUGCAUUCUGUUUUAUUACAAUAAGGGUGGUGGUGUAAUUUGCUUGUAUUAAUUUGUGGUGCUGUAAGUUGCUUGUAUUAAUUUGUACAACAAUGUUUGUAAUAUGUUUCUGUACGAACUACAUUUUCUGUUUCCUGUUUGCUUAGUUUCUUUGAUUUCCUGUAUAUUUGGAUGCU